UGGAGCCACAAUGAAGGCGAUUGCAGCGCCAUCUCUGAAGUGUGUGUGAUUGGAACUAAAUACGUUUCAAGCGCAGAAGAAUGGAUUGGCAAGGCUAGUAACAAAUCUCGAUUAAAUCGUGCACGAUCGAGUGUUGGAAAAAAGCGGGAGAGAAAAUAUGGACUCGUUUUUGGAAUUGUUUAAUUCAGAUAACAAAGCUACCAGGAGAGAUACUUGGAAUGAUUCAGAAAAUGAAGGUAAUCGAAUGUCAGACUAUGAAAACUCAAGUGUCGAUGACGAUCAAGAAGAAAGGCUACCACCAGAACCUGAACAGGGUAACAUUGAAUACAAAUUAAAGUUAAUAAAUCCGUCUAGUCAAAGAUUUGAACACCUUGUAACACAAAUGAAAUGGCGUCUCAGAGAAGGCCAUGGAGAAGCUAUUUAUCAAAUUGGUGUGGAAGAUAAUGGGAAAUUAACAGGCUUAACAAGAGAAGAUAUGAAAGCAUCAUUGAAAACUUUAAAUGACAUGGCUGCUAGAUUAGGCGCUACGACAAGUGUACUACGUGAACGAUACGCUAAUUCUAAAAACAAAGAUAUGCCCGCAUGUCACAAUAGAGAGGAAAGACAGAUAGCAGAAGUUUUAGUGAAAAAAUUAAGGAAAGGUGAUAGAGAGGAUCAGGACAUUGUUGACUUGAGACUUGCAGUCACUGGUGCACAGGAUGCUGGAAAAUCAACUCUCUUAGGAGUAUUAACCCAGGGCGAACUAGAUAAUGGUAGGGGGAGAGCAAGGUUGAAUAUGUUACGACACCUUCAUGAGAUAAAAACAGGUCGUACAUCUUCGAUAUCGCACGAAAUUAUAGGCUUUGAUAACGAAGGACAUGUUCUAAAUUAUGCGGAAAUGGCAACCGCAGAAGAAAUAUGUGAACACGCAUCGAAAGUUGUUACGUUUAUAGAUUUAGCCGGCCAUCGUAAAUAUUUAAGGACUACGGUACUCGGUCUCACAGGAUAUUCACCUCAUCACGUAAUGUUAGUCGUAGCACCACCUAUGAAUGAAGCAUCGCAGGAACAUAUGGCAUUAUGUCUUACAUUAGGACUUCCAUUUUUUAUAGUUGUAAACAAAAUUGAUCUCGGCUUCUAUAGUAUACCUGAAACAAUAAAUCAGUUAGAAAACGCUAUUAAAGCACAGGGAUAUUCUAAACAAUUAAUAAUGUGUAAUAAAAGUCAAAUGUCAUGGGAUUAUGAGUCAGAUAUAAUACCAGUUUUCAAUGUGAGUUGCGUUACUGGAGAAGGUUUAGAAGAUUUAACAAAUUUCAUCAAGAAUUUAUCACCAUAUGAUAUAAACUCUGCAGAUUCAGAUUCUGAGUCAUGUUUGUUUCAAAUUGAUGAAACUUUCAGAGUAGCAGGGUUGAAUGAACCUGUUUUAGGAGGAUUGCUUGUAAAAGGAGCAAUUGUUCCUGGAACUCGAUUAUUGGUAGGUCCUUUACCAGAUGGCGAAUUCAGUCCUGUUAAAGUUGUUAGUUUACAUCGAAACAAGGCUCCAUGUUGUUUAGUAAGAGCAUCGCAGAGUGCUAGUCUAACAUUAGCACCACCAACAAAUCGAAGUCCUCCUUUGCCUCAUCUACGACCUGGAAUGGUUUUAAUAUCGUUAUGGGACCAACCUCAUGCGACACUUUUUUUCCAAGCUACUGUAUUAAUAGUGUAUCACGCAACAGCAAUAUAUUCUGGUUUUCAAACAACCGUACAUGUAGGGAAUGUAAGACAAACAUGUAUCAUCAAAGGAAUAAUGGAUGCAAAAGAUAGAGGUUUGCAAACAAAUGAUACGGCAUCUGUGUUGUUUAGAUUUGUUAAUCAUCCAGAAUAUUUACACGUCGGUAUGCGAUUACUAUUGCGAGAAGGUCGUACUAAAGGAAUUGGUAAAAUAACACAGAUAUUUCCACUAUUAGAUCAACAGAACAGUAUGCAAUAAAUUAAAUAAAAGUAUUACAAUAUAUAAUAUCUUCAUGAAGAUGAUGAAAUUUAGUUACUUAAAUAUUAGAUAUAAUUACGUCACGCACCUAGUAUUUUAAAAAUGCCUAUAACAUUUGUUAUAAAAUAUGUGAGGUCUCGUAUAAUUUAGUUUUCUUUCCUUUCUAUUCUUAAAAUGAAAAAGUUUUUUUUUUAUCUGAAAAAGAAAUAAAGAUCAGUUGAUUUUUAGAAUUUCUUUUUUUGUGUUAAAAAAAUAUAUUAUUUAAAAUUUAAUGACAAACGAAGCAAUACGGAGUAAUAUCAAAUGUAAAUUAUUUGUUAAGAAUGCUUUAGAUACGUGAACAAAAGUAAAUUUUCUUAUAAGAGAGAGUGAGAGAAAGAAAAAUCAUAAAAUUUCAUUGACCUUAAAUUAUAGUAUUUUAUGAAGUUUCUGAUAAUUAUGUUUUUUUUUCAUGUUACGAAAUAAAAAAUCCUUUUAACUAUUUAAUGUCAUCCUUUUGUAUGUGAUGCUACAGUUCAAAAAUUCAUUGUGAGAACAAUCAUUAUAAUAAUGCAAUGUUUCUCUAUCUUGACUACGUAUCUAUUUAUUCUGCUACUAUUUAAAAAACAAAAGAUAAUAUUUAACUAAUGCAGAAUAGAUAUCUUCGUAAUCGAUUAUUGUCAUGAUGAGUAUCGAGUGUACUAGGAUUUAAAAAAAAAAUUAUAUUAUGUUAUAUUACAUGUAUACAAAGUUUUGUGUGUCAAAGAAUGUUACUUAAGACGGUUGUAUUUAUAUAUGUGUCGAAAUGAUUUUUGCAAGAUUGCAUUAGGCAAUAUAUCUUAUGAAACACAUGUUAAAACAUUGUGUUAUGCAAAUUAUUAUGCAGCCGUCCGAGGAAUAAAUAUUUUGUUUUAUGUUAAAUGUCAAAUGUAACACAUUGUAUUAUAAACUGUAAAAUAUUUUGAAUAAAACAGAAAAAUUUACACAUCUAUCUAAGCGAAUUUAAAAUAGUGAAACUAUAUCUUUACAUUAUCUAAAAAUAAGUAGAUCAGAGAAAGUAAUAGCUGACAUGUAUUAUAUAUAAAAAAGGAAACAUUUAUUUAUUGCGAUUAUAAUUUUUCAAUAAUUUAAUCCUACGCUAUCAGUAUACAACUUAAUGUAAUGUCAAAUCACACUUGGAAAUAAAAUAAAAUAAUAUUAAAUUCUAGGAAAAUACUGUUCCAUUAGAAAAUACAGAUUUAGCAUCUAUAAUAUAUGUAAUAUACGUGUCGAUUAUUUUCAUAAUUACACGUACAGUAACAACCUACAAAGGCGGAUUCAGCGACAGAAUCGUAUAAAUAAAUAGCAUGUGACUAUCAACUUGUCAGAUGGAAAGGAAAAAGUGCGUCUUUCGGCUUCAGUUUGUUUCAUUUAUCGAUCCAUCAAACUCAUUCAAGAAUGGUAAUUACCCGCAUGAUUCAGCAGUAUUCAUCAAAGAAACGCGAGCAGCACGAUCAUUAUUACAAGGAUAAGCUAUGAUAAAUAAUAUAAAUUUGAAGGAAGAAAGAAGCUAGUGUAAUUGUUCAAUGUAAUCACUUGUCUUCGUCACAAAUCUGAAGUGAAACUUGUGUGUCGCAGAUUACGUGAGCGGGUAGUUUGGAGUUGGGACGUUUAACGUGCCCCAGAAGAGCACGAGUCCCGAUGGAUCAUGUCUGAUAAAGAAGAUGAAGGGUCGUCUGGCUAUAAAUUUCUUCUGACUUCCAUCACGCUCCAAUACAACGGAAGUAACAGCUGCGGCCUCGGUACCCUUUUCCGUGAUAUCGAUUUCUACUUUCUGGAGGACGUCUGCAGCGAAGAGAUGCGGAUUCACCAGAUUGCCACUAUUUCUAAGAUUAUCCAGCCCGUACGACGGAAGAUUCUGUUGUCUCAUGAAGUUUAAGAAAUUCUGAUCUAUUGGCCUACUCUGCCUUUUGCUUCUUGCUUGGAAACGAUACUUGUUUUCUUCAAGAUUUACAAUUUUCGUGUUGUCGCGAUUUUCCUCAGACUUGUCAUCUGUCGCGUACGAAUUUCUAUUCUCUUUACUCUUGGCGUAAUGAGUAUCACGAAUCUUUCUAAGGUAGAAUCCAUUCGUCCAUUGAUGCACGGCGUAAUUACGAGCCAUGUCCUCGUACGUGAAGUAAUUUCGUUUAACCAUAUGGUCUUCGUCUCCACCGACACGAGAAGGGAAAUAUAUUUUGUCCUGUCGAUUUCGCGUGACCAUUUUGUCGUCACCAUUUGCAACAAACCGUGGAAUACUCGUCGAUCUUGUCGAUGAUCCUGAUGAUGCCAUGUUCAUGGGAUUUGUGUUAUCUAUAUUGUUUAUGUUAUUUGGUUGAGAUAUGAGACUCAAGUCUGCUGUUGCUGGAUCGAACAAAGACUGGAGACCCAGCGCAGCGAGCGUACUUUUUAAACUGAGACUGCUGCUUAACUUCAUUCGUGGGAAGCCGAUGAUACAAGUUUCGUUCCUCGUAUUCCUAAUCAAAUUCUCGAUUACGUCGACUGUUAGCCUGUUUCCGAAUUCCCGAAGUGCUUUCGCGCCCUCCUCUGUUGGAAGUAGAGCGUACAUUGACAUCUCCUGACCCUUGUAUGGCAGACCAAGAAUCUUCACGCCCAAUUGCUUGUCUUCGUAAAACGGAAAUGUCCCUCCAUUGUACAUCAUAUCGACGUUGAUUGCUUUGUUUGGUUCAAUGAAAAAAAGUGGUACCUUUUCGUAGCUCCGUCUAUAAAAUAUUGGUUCCAUUCUCCUUUAAAGUAAAGCGCUGAUAAAAGAAUCAACGUGGUCUCUGGCCCCGGCGGAUGACCAAGGAUAUUUGAAAUUUUCCCUAUCGUCUUCUGCUCCACCCAUAUGUUUAUCAUAUCCUGUGUUGCUUUUCCAUUUCGAGCAAAAUCUACGUUAAACACCUCGGUCUGAUAAGUUCCUUUACUGAGAGCCUUGAAU